GCCGUGAGGUAAAAUUUCGCCUCAGAGGACGAGAAACGCCGAGGUUGAACCGCUCGUCUGUUUAUCCCUGUUACAUUCGCUCGAAGAGGACUAAACCCGGGUCAGUCAUGGCUGGUCGGUCCGUCUGUUCGUGUCGCCCGUUUGCCACAACUCUGUGAGAAGGCGGGAGAGCGAGCCGAGUUCGUCGAGGGAGAGGGAGGGAGAGAGAGAGGGGGAGGGAGACAUGUCAUGAAGUAACGUUAGCAGCGAGCUAACCGAACCGUCAGGGCAAAAACACCAAGAAACAACAUAAUAGCAGCAGCAUCCCAGCGAAGUUUUACCUCGCCGUAAAAGUACGUGUUGACUUUGUUUGGAACAUUUGUCUUCCACAUUUGGGAAGAUUUGUUUUUUCGUCGUUUUACCUCAGACGUCCUUUUAGGCUGGAGAGGCUGACAAUGAUGGUGGCAGCGGGUCUUCUCGCUGCAAUACAGCGUCGCUGAACUGGACUUUUGAGCUGGGUGUUCGUCCAGCGUUAAUGUUACCCUAUAGAUUUUCCCAAACAUAUUGAAUCUGUUUCGACCGCGCGUUUUCUUUAACGUUAGGCUAGUGAAAUAUGAACUGGUUAACUAGGUUAGCGUAGAGCAGGCAUCGUCUGUUCGACCCGAGUAUCGUUAUACUGCACCGACAGCGAUUCUGAAGGAAUUCGCGAUUGGGUCUCGCCUCUCCUGUGGCUCCAUUGCGGUAUUAGACUCCCAGUCCGUCCGUCUCAGUGUUAAAUUGUGAAGCAAAAGACUAGGGCUCGCCUCCAAGCCAACAUGUCUGCCAUGUAUGUGGCCAGCAAGAGGAAAACCUCAAGGCCACAAAUGAAGGCCCAAAUAACAGAAGUCCCAUCAAAAAUAAUGGAGAGAGAGGUUGCGGCGGGCGGGAGUGUGAAUGAGGAGGGAAGCUCCCAAAAGAUAAAGAGAACAUAUGGCAGAAAAAAGUAUUAUGAUCUUCAGCCAGUAACCAUGGGUUCCACCGAAGGGGCAUCGUCGUGCUCCUCGGUAGUUCAUGCCAAUUUAAUGAAUGGAUCUGAAGGUCAGCCCGUCGCCACGGGUCAUGCCACUACAUGCAUAAUGGAGGGAAAAGUUGGGUCCAGUGUAGAGAUUAUGAGGGAGACAGAGUUUGAGAUGAAAAAGAAGCGGAAAAUGGAGGAAGUGGGCCAAACCUCGCUAAAGAAGUAUAUAGAGGAAGUGAAACAGACAGUGCCUGUCAUAGUUCCUGUAGCGCAGUAUACACAGAGGAAUCCGGCGACUAGCAGUGCUGUGGCCCCGAGUUCGUUUUCCUACAUGAAGAAAGAGGCUCCAGUUUAUCCUCCAGGAAGUCAAGAGGAGAGGUGGCAGCUGCAGAUUCUGGCUAAGGGCAGAGUCACAUGUCCCAAAUGCAAAAGUGUUGGAAGGAAAACGGUGGAGGGCCUGAAGAAACACAUGGCGGCCUGCAAACUGCAUUACUUCACAUGUCAGCAUUGUGGAAAACAACUGAAGACUUCAACUGGGAUGAAGUACCACCUCAUGGCUGACCACAAUAAGCUGCCCACCCCAGAAGACGGGAAUGGAUUCGACGACCAGGCAGUGAAAGAGAAAUUAAGAAAAGUGUUGAAGAGGCUGGGAAAAUUAAAAUGCUCAAAGGAGGGAUGCACUGGCAGCUUCACCAGUAUAAUGGGCUACGUGUACCACAUGAAGAAAUGUGGUAAAGAGGAAUCGGAGCUGGAGAAGCUUCUUAUGAACUGCAAGCACUGUGGGAAGCCUUAUCGCUCGAGAGCAGGCUUGGAAUACCAUCUCAAGUCUGAGCAUGGACCGGCGUCCCAGGUGGCUGCAAACGAGGAGGUCAGGGCCCAGAUGGAGCCCAACGCAGAGCAUGUACCCAGUGGCAGGGUUAAACGUUUGUCAGCUCAGGUGGCCAUCUUCCAUCUUCGAGAAAUUGCCAAUCAGGAGCUGCUGAAGGAGUGGCCCAAGAGGAAGGUGCAGCGAGACCUGGUUCCUGAUGACAGAAAGCUGCGCUACUCCCGUCCUGGAUUACCCGCCUUCAGCCAGGAGGUCUUGCGAAAGUGGAAGAAUGAGGUGAAACUGCAAAGAAAAGUACAAUGCCCCAACAAGGGUUGUGGUUGCUACUAUACAAGUGUGUCAGGGCUGAAGGCUCACCUUGGGCUCUGCACGCUGGGGGACUUUCACACUGGGAAGUAUAAAUGCCUGAUAUGUAAGAAAGAAUUCAACUCUGAGAGCGGCGUGAAAUACCACAUCAACUCUGUUCAUUCCCAGGACUGGUUUGUGGUCAGCGCAAAGACCAAGACAAAGACCAAAGGCAAGGCCAAGGCCUCCACCUCUGACAGGCGGCUGAAGCCCAAGCCCAAGCCCAAGUUCCACAGCAGGGAGGUCUCUUGCAUUCCCAUGCCAAACCCAGCCCUCCGUUUCCCCCAAGGACCAUGCACCUGGCAGGACACCCAGGCCCCUGCAGAGGGCAUGUCCAGCGAGAUAGUGCUCCCAGAAACGUCGCAAGGAAGGAGGAAGGAAGAAAGGCAGUGCAGGAAAAGCAGGAGGAAUACCCAGGAUAAACAAUGCUAUGGGUACUGUGCCAUCGAAGGGCAUAGCAGCAGCAGCGGAAGCGGAAGCUCCAGCAGUGAGUCGGAAGCGGAGGAUGCGGAAAGUCAUGAUGUCUGGACUCUGAAAAAGCCCCUCACUCAGCCGGAGUGAGGCUUCUUCACAAUAAGAAGUGUUUCUCUUCGGUCAACUUUGAGGAAAAGUGCCGGAGAGUGUACAGUGUCAUAUGUGUGACCUUUUAAAGUACUACAGUGCCUGUUGUGUCAUGAGGGUGAUUUCACAUAUGAAAUUGGCUGGUCGGCAAGAUACACAUUCCAAACACUAUCUUAUUUUAAUGUGUUUUGGGGGAAGGGAAGGCAAAAUGGCACUUUUCUAAUCAUCCAAACCUGUCGAUUCACAGUGCAUGGAACACACUGAGCCUAAACCACGAACCUGACUAUUACAAAGGACUGAUUUGACUACCGUUCAGAGGAUGAUAUGUUUUCUACUUUUUUUUUUUUUUAGGGUCCACAACUUAAGGAAACGUUAGCUGCGUUCCAAAAGCUAGCCUGCAGCUGAGAACGGUGCAAAAUGGAACAGUCUACCAAGGCCACUUUGUGGCAGCAAAGCUUUUUUAAUCCCACAAACGGAAAUUCCACCUCCGCAUUUAACCCAUCCGUGAAGUGAAACACUACAUACACACACUAGUGCGCGCACACAUACUAGGGGACAGUGAGCACACUUGCCCGGAGUGG